AUGGCUAAACCAGCAACAUUAACACUUGAACUUCUUCAAGAAAAUUUUGUUAUAUGUCGGCUAUCACCAUCAUCAUCAUUACCGUCUUGGGCAUUCAAUGGUCCAUUUGUUUCAAUAACAAAAACGAAUGAUGAACUAUCAAUAAUUACAAUUGAUAAUAAUCAAUUACCAAAAGAGAUUCAAUGUGAACGAAAUUGGAAGUGUUUCAAAUUGAUCGGUCCAUUUCCAUUUGAUCUGACCGGUAUUUUAACAUCUGUUCUUAAUCCAUUAGCUAAAGCUGAAGUUGGUAUACUAGCUAUAUCGACAUUUGAUACAGACUAUGUAUUGAUCAAGGAUAUCAAUUUACAAACAGCUAUUGAUGUAUUAAAACAAAAUGGACAUACAAUUAAUGUAUAA